AUGGCUUUCAUGAGAGCUUUUUUCCGCUGGUUCUCGUGCUUCGGAGGCAGAAGGAAGAAGGCGAGGGGCCCAGGAGCUGAUGCUCCAACCUGCCAAGUGGAGGAAGGCACCGAGGCUCCCGAGAGAAAGUCGGUCACUUUGAUCGUGGACGUGGAGCUCCGGAAAAGAGAGCGAUGUGAUGUCCCCAGAACAGAGACCAUUGGGAAGAAGAAGAUCCUCUUCACCAAGAUUGACAUCCAAAGUGAAGAGAACGUACCACGUCAGGCUGCCUGCCGUAAACGGGACCGGCAGAGGAGCCUGAAAUUCAGAGUGGGCAAAUGGCGUCCCGAGCCAGGAAACAAGGACCUCUACGGCCUUGCUGUCUUGGCUCUGAUGGAGGACAACAAUCUGAGCAGCUUCACGGCAGGACUGGCUGCUUUCCUGGCCAUUUAUGACAUCAGCAAGGUUCCACCGACCAUGAUCCCAGAAGUGGAGUCCCGGCUGCUGGAGAUGUUUCGGGUCGUGUGGUUGUCCUGCAUGAAGAUCGGGCAGGAGACGGUGUCAGAGGGGGAGAAGAAGUUGCUGGGGGAGGCCUUUGGCCUCAUGCUUCGAGGGCUCCUUCAGCAGUGUGCAACAACACCGCACAUCAUUUUCAUUCUGAAGCACUUCGAGGAACAUGGCUGGGAAUGUUUCUCGUACGCCUGGGACCAGCUUCUCUUCUGUGCAGCCCAUCAAAGCACCAUCAACCUCACCGAAGCCCAGCAAAACUUUCCACACUUUCCGGUGGGAAUUGAGCUGCCCGAAGAUCAAGACGGCUUCAUCAAUGAAGGUGACAUCACAGUAGAGGACCUAUGACUUCCUCCUCCCACCACCGUUAGCCGAGGAUGGAUACACAAGUUCCAUGGACCAUCAGUCGUUUGAAGAACAGACGUCUCUGCCACCAAUCUCCACCUUCGAUGUUCGAAGAUGACACCCAGGCUACGCACGUUGUGGAGCAGAUGCAAACUGUGACCCUGUAGCAGCUUCGGACAGCAAAGAAUGUGAUGCCUGGAAUUCACCUACUUUCUUCCACAGG